AACAAGUUCCAAAGUUGUGUGGGCAGGGGGAAAUGAACAGUUUAAUAUUCUUCUUGUUGUGCAUUACAAUCCCCGCUUUUACCGCACAAAAUGAACAACACCAACAACAGCAAGAAGAAAAUUUCAAUGGCCGAAAUACAGUUAUUGAUGUGAAAGGUGGACCGGAGUCAGUGAUUUGGGUGGUGCAGCUUUCUGAUCUUCAUUUCAGUGUGCACCACCCUGAUAGAGCUUCAGAUUUCAAGUCAAUUGUGGGCCCGACUCUCUCCAUGGUCAACCCUUCUCUUGUCUUCAUUACUGGUGAUCUCACAGAUGGGAAAAGCAAGGACUUACUGACAAUGAAGCAAAAUGAACAUGAGUGGGUGGAGUACCGGAAUGUAAUGGAGGAUGUUAUAACAAGGAGUCGACUUGACAAGAGUAUUUUCUAUGAUGUUAGAGGGAAUCAUGAUAAUUUUGGUGUACCAGUAGUUGGUGGUGCCUUUGACUUCUAUUCAAAGUAUAGCAUCAAUGGACAAUUGGGAAGAAAGAAGAAUGUCAAUAGUGUAACUAUUCAGACAAAUGAUAGGAAACAUCUAUUUGUCGGGAUUGAUAGCACAAUGUCUAUUGGUUUACGAGGCCCAACUAAUCUUUUUGGGCACCCGACUGACCAACUUUUAGCUGAAUUAGACUCAGCACUAUCACAAUGGGAUGCUCAAGAUAAAGAACCCGUGACCAAGAUCUCUUUUGGGCAUUUCCCACUAUCAUUCUCAGCAUCUUCAUCUUCAGGGAGGAGCCUGCAAGAUAUAUUUCUCAAGCAUUCUGUGUCAGCCUAUCUAUGUGGACAUCUUCAUGAGAGAUUUGGUAAUAAUUUGAAGCGGUACCAUCAGUUGAGUAAUAAGUUUCUGUCCUCACAGAAGUUUUUCCAGCUAGGUGUACACCAAACACCUUUGGGAAGUGCAAAAAAUUGUACACCUGGAGCUCCACCAAUUGAAGAAUUUUGGGAAUGGGAGAUGGGUGACUGGAGGAAGAGUAGAGCCAUGCGAAUUUUGGCCAUUGAUAGAGGCCAUGUUUCAUAUAUUGAUAUCAACUUGGGGUCAGGAUCUAAAAGAACUAUUAUAUUGCCCACCUUUCCUCUAGAUUCACGCUUCAUGUCACGGUCUUCGUCGCAUCAGCUGUAUGAAUGUGAACAUAUUAUCCCUCCAUCCUAUGAGACUAUCAGAGCACUGGUGUUUUCUGUUUCCCCCAUUAUGUCAGUCAUAGCCAAAGUCUAUGAUUCAAGAUCAGGGAAUCUUGAUUUGGUUUUGGAGGAACCAAUGAUGAAUCAUGUGGAUAACUUCUCCAGAGGAACUCUUUACACAACACUAUGGAACUACAGGGCAUUUGAGGACUCAUCUCCUAGUAGAUUUUGGCUGCAAAUAGAAGUAACUGAUGUCAUGGGUAGAUCAACUUUGAGUGAACUAAGGCCGUUUUCCAUAAAUGGUCUUACUGCUAAGGUUCCAUGGACAUGGACUGAAAUUUUUGUAAUGGGUUGUCAAUGGGCUGCCUUGUAUUAUCCAAUUCUCUGGUCUGCUCUAUAUUUCCAAUUCUUCAUUCUUCUCAUUCCAAAAGUGGUCCAAAUUUUCUCAAAGAAGCAAUACACGUACAAGAAUUUUGUAGCCAAGAGAGGGUUCAUAAAUGGUAUGGCAUGGGUUCUACAUGAGCUCUCCAAGAUUACUGUAGUAUGGCUUGGUAUUUUGAUUUACUUAUUUUACCUUAUAUUAUUUCCCUGGUUUGUUGGGCAUGUUUUCACUGAAGGUGGGGAUAAGGGGUACAUGACUUAUAUGGGCUGGGUGGUGAAAACCUUUAACAAUAAGGAAAGACAUGAAUAUAUUGGAGUGCCGGAUGUAAUGGUGCUUGUUCUCCCUCAUCUCUUUUUUGUGGUUUUUCCUACUACUUUGGCUAGUGGUGCUUUGGCUGCUGAACAAGUGAUUUAUAGGGAGCAUGUGCGAUCACAUUCAGGGAAGAAAGAAGAUGAUCAUGAUCAGUACAAUAAAAGAGGUCAAACUUCUAACUACAACAGCAAUCGGAAAUCAAAGUUCCUCCUAGAAAGGCGGUGGAUUCGAAAAAUUCUAUUGGUGAUCUGCAUGGCAGUUCUUUUGAAGCAUUUAAUGAAUUGCAGAUCUCUCAUCAAAGCGUAUGAAAUGAACCCGAUAAUCCACUUUCCUGUAUAUAGUCUCACCAUUCCUCUACUGCUGGUGUAUGCCAUCUACAUAACUGGGCAAGUUUAAGGAGUUCCACAGAAAGUAUUCAUCAGUCUCCAUGUUGUAAAGGUAACUAGCAAUGCCUCAGUCAACAUUGUCAAAGAUGUAUAAACACGCAUUUCUUAUGUAGCUGGCACAAAAGCUUGCAUUCAUAGUCAACACGUAACCAGCAAGCAUUUGGCUCACAGCGAAAAUAUUCGAGUACUAUUUAAUAAAUCCAUACGCCAUCUGUAGUUGAUAUAGUCGAGGAUACAUAACAUAGUUUUUCUGCUACAAUUUGGAACACAGAAACCGUAUGUUCUGUGGAAAUUUAUGUUGUGGAAUGUAUUUGUAGAAAUACAUCGAGUGCAAUUUAUUAUUCUAUGGAAUAUGACUUGUUCUACUAA